AUGGCAAAUGAUUUGGAGACACACAAGGGAAUAGUCUCCGAGUUCGAUAAGAUAUGGAACGAACAAGACACCAAAUGGAAAGCUUUGUUUGACCAUCCUAUGAUUACAACCGGAGACUUCCGGUAUUGGAAUGACAGAGAACACAUCAGGUUCUUGGUUUGCAUCGACUUCUUAAAUGCUAAAAAGUGUCGAGGGCUUCCUGUGCAACAGAUCUCCGCUUACGUCUUAACUCGAAACCCAACACAAGUCAGAACACACGCCCAAAAGUUUUUCAAAACCCCUAAACCAACUAAACCGGAAAUUAGAAGAAAAGUCGAUAUCCUUUUAAGUAAAGAUGGAGCAAUUCUAAGAAACUUGUUUGUGGAAAAUAAGACUCGUAGCAACGACCAAGUAUUAUGA